GUCAACUUUAAGUGCAUUGCCAGAUCGUCUCAUUCACCCGCACCAACACUACGAAUUUAUACCGACAGCUCCCGAACUUUUUUGACAUGUUUAAAAAUUAUCGAGAGGUCGUGAGGUGCUCGUAACCUGCUCAGUUCAAAACUACAAACUACAAAAACUUGCUUUACCGGCAGACCUACAUCCAAUCAGAGCCAGCUUUGCUGCAGUAGGCUAAAUUAUUUACGACAGCUGUAAUGGACAAUUCCGCUUCCAACUUGUAGGGGGAGCAAAGAGCAAAAACUCGUUAGUGUUGCUUUAAUCUGUUAGUAUAGUCUAUCGCACAACAGCUGUUUUCCCCGUGUUUCCGCUGAUUUCUCACUGUACUCAAAUUCUGCGCUCUGUCUUUUGCCACUCAGUGAGUGUAACCGCAGGCCCUAUCGCCGAAGGUGACGUCACCUGCAUACCCUCUAAACGUGUUCGACUUCGUGCAGCGCUGAACGACAUAUGACAACAAAGCACCAUGAAAGGUACUCGUCUUCAAUAGUUCUCGCGGUACUCUGAUGUCAUAUGCUGUUUGUUCUGCGCAGCGACUCUUGAAGUCAAACACGCCCAUCGCACAAGUGAGUUGCGUGGCCGUAUGCGAUGACGCAAGGUUUUCAUUGUACGCAUGCGCAGACAUGCGGAAGCAGUGGACGGAUUGUAUAUUCGAGUGAGCACAUAUGGACAGAUUGUGUUCUUCAUAAUGGCUACCUCGUCGUCGUCUUGCCAUCGUUGCAGUCCUUGCUGCCGGCUAUGCUCCAGAUCUUCAUUGUACACUUUGGCUCUCGGCCUGGGUUUCAUCACCUUGGGAACUAGUCGCAUCAUAUUACUAAAAUUUUCAGCCAAUGAAGAGAACAAAUAUGACUUUAAACCUGCAUCUGUGAAUUUAAUGGCAGAGGCCAUUAAACUAGUAUUUUGUUUAGUAAUGUCAGCACGGGUGGUCAUUCGAGAGGGCCGCUCUUAUAAAGAUUUGGGAUCUUUUCUCAGUUACCUGAAAUGGUCUGUUCCGGCAUUCCUGUACUUCCUUGACAACCUCAUAAUCUUUUAUGUGAUGACCUACUUGCAACCUGCCGUGGCAGUAUUAUUUUCCAAUAUUAUCAUUUUAACUACAGCCAUUCUUUUCCGAGUCAUUUUAAAGAGGCACUUGUCUUGGGUGCAGUGGGCAUCUUUGGUCAUUCUGUUCCUGUCCAUUGUUUCCUUGACCACUGGGAAUGGUGACCAGCACGCCAUUGCCGUACACGGCAUCCACCCGGCCCACAUUUCCAACCCCUCCAACAGCUGUCUGACAUUCGCCCACCCUAAUCAUCCUAACCAUAAUUCAUCAGAAUGGAUGGUAAGCUUGCCACGUAAGCUGUGGGACAGCCAGCUUAUCCAGAAGCUCAACAGCUUUGGUCUGGGUUAUAUCCUACUGCUGAUGCAGUGCUUCAUCUCUGCACUGGCCAACAUCUACAAUGAGAAGAUCCUCAAGGAGGGCGAGCAGAUGAUGGAAAGCAUCUUCAUCCAGAACAGCAAGCUGUAUGUGUUCGGUGUGAUCUUCAACAGCCUCACGCUCAUCCUUCAUUCUGAGUACCGUGACCUAUCGAUACACUGUGGCCUCUUUUACGGUCACAACAUCUUUUCCAUCGCAUUGGUCUUCGUCACAGCCGCCCUUGGCCUGUCUGUGGCUUUCAUCCUGAAGUUUCGCGAUAACAUGUUUCACGUGCUGACGGGUCAGAUCACAACGGUGAUCAUCACGGCGCUCUCUCUCUUCCUCUUUGACUUUAAGCCGUCAAAGGAUUUUUUCCUCCAGGCGCCUGUUGUUUUGCUAGCAAUCUUUAUCUAUCACAGCAGCAAACUGAAGGAUCCAGAGUACAUUUUGCAACAGGAGCGAUUCAGAGUCAUCAAUGGCGACGUCUUUGAGAGGUCGAGAGGGGAUGGAGAGGAGUUGGAGAGACUAACCAAGGACAACACAGAGAGUGAAUCGGAAGAAGAGUCUUUAUAAGUCUGUACAUAUAUGAAUUAAAAACAUAGUGUACAUAUUCUUAAAUCAGCCUAUAUAUGUAUUUAUAUAUAUGUAUUGUGUUAUGUAUUAUAUUAAGUGAUUGGUUUGGUUACAAAAAUGUUUGGGGAACAAGGAUGUAUAAGCCUUUUUGGUAUUGCUUUCACUACAUUAUAUUUGGACUGUGCUUUGUUUAAAUAAGGACAUGAAGUGACAAUGAAAGCAGGUAUUAAGGUGAAGAGUUUGGUUCCAAAAAGCCAUUUUAAAAGUAAAUUCUUAAUUGUACGGAAAAUCCAAUAUCCGCUGUGUUAUUCUGUCAUCUUUUCUCCGUUUUUUUCCAAAACGCAGUAAACGCCGCUACCCCGUUUCUGCAGAAUGCAGUAAAUCCGCUCAUCAAAUCACAGCGCACCAUUCCACGCAUUGUAAAAAACAAUGGCAGUGUUUUUCUCACAAAGUCCUAGUUUUCCUCAUCUUGUACUUCGUGAUUAACGAACAAAAUAAUACUUUGAUGGCAUUGAUAAACCUGUGGUGUUUUUUUGUGACGGGAAACAAACGUAAGCCAUCAACAUCUAAACGCCAGAGGCACUCGGAAAAAUGCCGGUUGCUUGUUUCUCUCAUGCUAACACAUUGAUCCCACGGGAUCUUGUGAAAAAUGUUCCAUUAUUUUACGCAAAGCCAAUAAAAAUUGAAGGAGGACCAAUACAUUUUACAGCUGAUCGCGGUCAAAAAAGUUAAUAACCGCAACAAUGACAGUGUUCUUAAUAUGACCAAGUAAGUGUUUGUAUACCAGUGUAUACCACUAGUCAACUAAUUGAAUAUAACAUGGCAAAGAUGAAUGCACAUUUAUAUAUCGAUUCAAUAGAUUUAUAGCAUUUUGGAAAAAAAACUUGGAUCAUGGAUUUAUUGCAUUUUGUGGAAAAAUAAUCAGUUUUUAUAAUAAAUCUUUGAAAAUCAAAUUAUGGGUUUGAAUUUUUCAUGUUUUUAUAACCUAAAGAUGCUAUGUGAAAGUUUGUAACAGAAAUAGUGGUUUUCAUCUUGUCACUUUCCUGGUAUAGAAAACACGUUUUUACCGAAAUUAGUCAAAAUGGAUUUAUUGCGUUUUGGAACCAAACUCUUCAUCUGCUUUUAUUUGUAUUUGUAUUAUUAAUGUAUUAAGGUAAUAUACUUACAUUUUAAUGUAAGUAUACUUCUCUAAUGGGAAAAUUUGCAAUCAUCUAUGUUGUGUCAUAGUCAGUGUAUAUGUUAUAUUUUUUGGUUCUUGACAUAGGACCUUAAAAAUCUGGGUAACACUUUACUUGAAGGGGUGUUCAUAAGACUGACAUGACACGUGUCAUGAACAUGAAGGAGAUUUUAUGCACGUUUAUGACAACUAUCAUUAAGUGUCGUUCGUUUAAUUAUGUCAUUUUUAAUGCAAAGAUGACAUUGUUUGAGAUGUCUUUGUUAUGACAACUUGACAUUAAUUAAUACUUUACAGCUUGACAUUACCAAGACAACAUAACUGACCACUAUUUACCAGUGAUACAAAUUGGAUUUGUCAUUAAAAUGUUAUUAAGUGUUAAUACUCUGUCAUAUAGUUUUAUAACAGCCUCAUGAAUAUUUUUUGUGACCUCAACUACAGUGGUACAGAUAUAAUUUGUCAUUAAAAUCCCAUUCAGUUUUAAUACUAUUUUUAUAACAGCGUAAUUAAUAUUCUUCUGUUCGUAAUGUUUCCGCCAUGUGUUUUUAAGAAAUAAAAUCAAUUAUUCAAUAAUAAUAAUUAAAAUUGAUACAAUUAUAUUUUAUUGCAUUUGGAGACCGAUUCACCUAAAAUUAAAUGAAAACAGUACAAUAAUGGGUUAAGUCAUGCAGCGUUGGGUCCACAUCGCUGGAAAAACAGUUAGUUACAUUAAAUUAAUUAAAUGUUUGUUGGUUUUUCGUCUAAGUCAGAAAAUUUCAGAAUCCUUUGUGUAAGGAAGAACAAGUUCUGUUAGUUGUCAGUUUUUUUAUGUAUUGUGCACAUACAUAAAGUUAAGAAUUAUCUUUUGCCGUGGCAUUUUGUUAAGGUUUUUAUAAUUAUUUGUAAUAGAUUUAACACUUAGUGACAUUUAAAUGACAUUUUAAUGUAAUGUUAACCCAUAAAGUUAAG